AUGCUGGCAGCAGAUGUAGAGGAGUGGAGCUACGGCAAGAAUCACGGCCUGAAGGAGGAAGCAAAGAAACACCCUGACCUCGUUCUCCUCCUCCUCCCAGCCUUUCAUCUGCUGAUGACUUCUACCAGCCAGACCCAACUUGAGGCCGUCCAGGAAAGGGGCCCAGGAAGUUUCGGUGUGUCAGUUAGGUAUCCAUCCGUCAUGGAUCUAACCUGCCCCCUGAAGAAAGCUGCUAAAUACUAUGACAUCAAGAAGGUGGUGAAGCAGGCAUCAGAGGGCCCCCUCAAGGGCAUCCUGGGCUACACUGAAGACCAGGUUGUCUCCUGUGACUUUAACAGUGACACCCACUCUUCCACCUUCGACACUGGGGCUGGCAUUGCUCUCAGUGAUCACUUUGUCAAGCUCAUUUCCCGGUAUGACAAUGAAGUUGGCUACAGCAACCAGGUGGUGGACCUGAUGGUCCACAUGGCCUCCAAGGAGUAA